UUACAAAACAACAUGCUAAGAGUGAUAACAGAAGAGCUGGGGUGGGGGUGGAGGGAAGGAGGGGAGGUUCCUCUUGCUGCUUUGUGGUGCAGUAGCCUUGGGCGGGAGUCCGGCUGGCCACCUAGCCCACAUAGCCAUGCCAAGUCCAACACAUGAAAGUAUGGAAUAGGUAGUUCUAAGAAGAGGUAGAUCUGGCUUGGCAUGGCUGGAGAGCAGAGUGGCCAUGGGACACGGGGCUGGAGAAGCAGCUGGAGCUGGACUUGGAAGAAUCUUGGAUGCUACGCCAAGAGUUUAGUCUUUAUCCUGAGAGUGGUGUGAGGCCACGGAAGAAUCUGAAGCAGAGGAGAAGUAAUGAUGGGAAUUGCAGUUUAGAGGGGUCUCUGUGGCUGCAACGGGAAUGCCAGGAGGCAGCAGGGCAGAGCGGGAUGCAGAGAGGCCCUACCGGGAGUCAGAGAGGAAGAUGUGGGCUUGUGUGUGGGCGCCGGUCGCUUGCAUUGGCCAACCAUAUGCACUCAAAAGAGGCUGACUUACAAGAAUCAGCUCCUGAUAGAGUCCAGCUAGUCUCGAGGCCAACUUCCACUUUCCUCUGGAUGUUUUCACUUUUGGGGCAUCUUGUUCUGAGUCAAGAUUCCUUCUUCUGAACACGGGACUUUCCAAAAGGACCACAGCUCCUUCCGUGUAUCCACUCAACUUGGGAUGUGUUGGAUUUUGGUUGUUGAGGGAGCUCACCUGCCUCUCUGGAGUAUGGCCGUGUGGUCCCUGUGGAGUCUACUUCUCUGCGAAGCACUAUUUCCCGUCGUUGUCACCAGUGUCCAAGUGCAGGGCCAGGUGGGGGGCUCAGCCCUGCUGGUGGCAGAACGCCCUCCUGGCUUCCAAGUCCGUGAGGCCAUCUGGAGAUGUCUCUGGCCUUCAGAGGAGCUCCUGGCCACGUUUUUCCGGGACUCCCUGGAGACUCUUUACCACUCCCGCUUCCUGGGCAGAACCCAACUGCACAGCAACCUCAGCCUGGAGCUCCGGCCGCUGGAGUCUGGAGACAGCGGCAACUUCUCCGUGCUAUUGGUGGACAAGGAAGGUCGGGCCUGGACACAGACUCUGCAGCUCAAGGUGUAUGAUGCAGUGCCCAGGCCCGUGGUGCAAGUGUUCAUUGCCAUAUCAGGGGAUGCUCAGCCCCUCAAGACCUGUCAAGUGUUCCUGUCCUGUUGGGCCCCCAACAUCAGCGACAUAACCUAUAGCUGGCGACGGGAGGGGACUCUUGACCUUGGUGUCGAGCCAGGUGAACUUUUCAUGGAUAGACAGCUGCUGAGCGUCUCACUGGGACCAGGAGACAAAGGCGUGGCCUAUUCCUGCAUCGUCUCAAACCCUGUCAGCUGGGACUUGGCCACCGUCACCCCCUGGGAGAGCUGCCAUCGGGAGGCAGCCCCAGGGAAGGCCUCCUACAAAGAUGCACUGCUGGUGGUGGUGCCCGUCUUGCUGCUCCUGAUCCUGGCUGGUCUCUCUGCCUGGUGCUGGGGCCCCUGCUCAGGGAAGAAGAAAGAUGCCUGUGCUGACGAAGUGGCUCCAGAGACAGAGAAUCCUCUUGUGUAGGGUGGGCCUUGAGGGAGGAAAGAAACGAAGCCUGGAUGGUCCUGGCUCUGCUCUGGGCAACAUGGGCCUAGAAGGACAUCCCCUCAAGGAUGCUGGAAGUUCUCCAGGAUCCCAGAUUGAUUACCCAGGGUGCUCACUCUCCACCCACUGUCAUGAAGUAUUGUUAUGGACUGAAUUUGUCCCCUUUAAACUCUUAUGAUGAAGUCCUAAUCCUCAGCAGCUCAGAAUAUGACCGUGUUUGGAGAUAGGGCCUUGAAAGAGAUAAGGUUAAGGUUAAGGUUAAAUGAAGAGUUCCCAUCAUGGUGCAGCGGAAACGAAUCCUACUAGGAACCAUGGGGUGGCAGGUUCAAUCCCUGACCUCACUCAGUGGGUCAAGUUGCCAUGAACUGUGGUGUAGGUCACAGAUGUGGCUUGGAUCUCACAUUGCUAUAGCUGUGGUGUAGGCCAGUGGCUAUAGCUCUGAUUAGACCCCAAGCCUGGGAACCUCCAUAUGCCAUGGGUGCAGCCCUGAAAAUCAAAAAAAAAAAAAAAAAAAAAAAGGUUAAAUGAGGUCAUUGAGGUGGCCUAACCCAGUAUGACUGAUGUCAUUACAAGAAGAGAGAGAGGGGUUCCCUGAUGGUUCAGCAGAUCAGGGAUCAUCAUCACUGCUUGUAGCUCAGGUUGUUGCUGUGGCGCAAGUUCAGUCUCUGGCCUGGGAACUUGAGCAUGCUGUGAGGGUGGCCAAAAACAAAAAAACAAACAGAGGAAGAGGAAGAGACACCAGGGAUGCUUACACUCGGAGAAAAUGCCAUGAAAGGACACAGAGAAGGAAGCACUCUGCACGGCAUGGAGAGGAGCCUCAGGAGAAACCAAACCUGCUAACACCUUGGUCUUGGACUUCCAGCCUCCAAAAGUGUGAGAAAAUAAAUUUCUGUUGAUACCCA